AUGAACAGAGGAAGAAGGAAUCUGAAACAAGCGGCGUCAGAGCAGGAAUUCACGCUUGAGGAAUGUCAGAGCAUUGCUCAGGUCGUCUCUCUCAGAGGCUCCAAUCAAAUUGAGAUAAUGGAUGCAAAAGGAGAGAACUCAUUAGCGUUGUUUCCAGCCAAAUUUCGUGAGAGCAUGUGGAUCAGACGAGGAAGCUUUGUAGUGAUUGACCAUACAGGAAAAGUAAAGGCCCAAGAGUCUGGUAGCAAAGUUACAUCUAUUGUCUGUAAAGUUCUAUUCUUUGAGCAAGUCCGUCUUCUCCAAAAGUCUCCGGAAUGGCCGGAAAUCUUCAAAGAUACUAGGCUAAUUCCGGAAAGUUCUCAAAUACCAAGCCCACAGAAAGAAGAUGAUGGGGAACUUGAUUCGAGUGAUGAUGAUGGCAUGGCCCCAUUGGAAGCAAACACAAACAGAUUGAGACCGUUUGGCGUGCAGUGUGAUGCAGAGUCAGAUUCAGACUCUGAUUCUGAUUCAUAG